AUGGCAGGUGUCCCGAUAAAGGGACCAAGAAGUCUUCGUCCAAUGACAGAUUUAGAAACAAGUCAGAAUGUGAGGCCUCUGAAAACUGCCGAUUUGUUUAAUCAACUGGAGAACCUGAAAACUGCAGAUUUGCUUAAUUUACUAAACCUGAAAAAGAUUGAUGAGAGGACAGCAAACAUGUUACACCGAUUAACACUCUCGGAGAAGGAUGAGAUACUGUCACCUCCUCCCUGUGAAGACGACAUAUAUUUGCUCAUUCUGAUGGUGAGUAGUAUUGGGAAUUUCAGGCGCCGAGCAGAUGUAAGGGAGUGGCUAAAGAUUAAUCCAUAUCGAGGGAAGAAAAUUCGGUUGGCUUUUAUCGUUGCACGAGUGUAUGAGCCCAAAACCGAGGCAAAACUACGCAAUGAAAGUUCUGUCUACAAUGACAUCAUACAGGCCAACUAUAAGGAAGCCUAUCGCAAUCUGACAUUCAAGGCCUUGGCAGUAUUAAAAUGGACCGUGACACAAUGUGGGCAUGCAAAAUUCCUGGUGAAAAUUGACGACGAUGCAGUCAUGAUCUAUCAACACAUUGUGGACUAUGUCAUCGGACUGGAGACAAAAAAUGUGACCAUGGUAUACCAAGGCGCUACAUAUGCAACGUUGGAACCUUUAAGGAAUCCGAAAAGUAAGUGGUACAUCUCUCAUGAAGAUUUUAACAAUGAUACCUAUGCCCCAUAUGCCAGCGGGUUCUUUGUUUUGCUUUCGUUAGAAGCUGUUCAGAAGAUGUACCACGCUUCUUUCCACGUCUCACGAGUCUAUGGCGUCACGAGGCAGACUUUUCCAGUCGAUGACGCUUUCAUUGGGGUCCUUGCAAGAUACAGCAACAUUAAACUGAGGAACCUGCCAUAUGUUAUAUACAGUUGGUCGCAUAUUGAAAAAGUACUGAAGAAGGAUAAGUGUAUCCUGGUUAAGUUGAUAGCUUCACAUGGCUUUCCUAAAAGAAGCAACGAGAUAGUCAAGUAUCUAAAACAACUGGAGAAUAUGACUGAAGCUGAAGUGCAAACCUGUGAAAAGAGGAAAAAUGUGUAUCCCAUAAACUAA